UUGACAACCAGGGGCAUAAACACGCAGAAUAAUGGCAGAUAACACCCAAUCCAUCAGCAUCCCAUCGAAAUCCAUGUCCAUCGUCUGGCGUGUGGCGGGGGCAAAGACCAGCAGCCAACCAAGGUACUAGCAACUGCCCACUAGCCAGGGCUUAUCUCCAUCGGCCCCCGCAGCAGCCCCCAGCUUCAUUCCAUUUGUUCUGCUCAUUACACCCCAAACUUCCCCCCUUCCCCUCCCCAAUCGUCCUUUUGGGCUGUUCCCCAACGGUCUCCAUUCCUCUUACAUUCUGGGGAUUUGCUUGCCUGAAAGGCACUGCAUGGCUGCCCACUUGCCUCUGGCCGGGGCUUUUCUCCAGCACUGUUGGACGUAGCCAGUUCGUCUUCUCCCGCGUCACUUGGCCUUCGGGCCUGGCGAUGAUGGACAACCAUCUGCAACGCGCACCUACAGAGGGUUCUGCACCUAAAUCUCGUCCAGCGCCUGUGGAUCGACCCACGUUCACAUUUAUUGAUCAAGAUGAUGACUUGACCUCCAAACGCAUUAAGGAUGCCAAUUCUCGCAAAGCCAUUCGCUCUCAUGUUAUGCGUGAUGUACGGCGGCGUGAACGACUUGCAGGGCUGAAAAGAGUACCAAGGCGUGAAAGCCGCCUUGAACAACCUGAAGGGAGUUUGUCACUACAUCUCAAAGACUUGCCAGCUGCCUCUCCAUCAUCUGUGGUAUCUUCACUACCGGAGGCUGAGACUGAGCCAGUUCGUGACCUCGUCGAGUCAAGGCAACAACGAGGACGACCGAUGAAAUGGACUGCCGGCUAUUCGACUUCCUCAAGUCCAAGCCCUAGGCCUCAUCUAUUCCCUACUUCUUGGCUUAUUGAUCCUUUUAAUACUCUGCCAGGUACUACCGAGGCCCCAUCAAUGGUUGCUAAUCUAUUAAUCUAUUGGAAAACCGUGUUUGUCCCAAUGACUUUUCCAAAUGAGCACAAAGUUUCUCAACGAGCUGAGAUGGAACUGAUGGUCAAAUCAGCAUUCUCUGAUCCAGGGAGCUUCUUUGGACUUAUGAGCAUGUGUGCUGCCCAUCGCGCUAUUCUUGCUGGGCGCCAUUCAGACCUUAUCGGUUCUCUGGAAAGAUCCCACCGAGUUCUGCACGACCCAGACUACUACAUCAUGAAAGUAAAGUGCAUACGGGAGAUGAAUACAAAAGUGCGUGAUCCUGGCCGCGCGCUGAGCGACGAAGCCUUUGAUACAAUCAUCAACCUUUUGACAAGCGCGUUAAUAGUCGGGUUAUUUGAUGAAGCGCGGAUUCACCUCACGGGUCUGAAGCAGAUGGUUGAGCUACGGGGUGGUAUUACGGAAGAUAGUAUCCGUGGCUCCUCGAUGUUAGCUGCUAUUAUCACGACCGAUAUAAAAUCUGCCUCGGGCCUCAUGGCAAAACCAGUGUUUCCUUUGACUUGGGAUUCGCAACCAGUACCCGCAGAUAUUCAGAAACGGGUCAAACCGCCAGAAUCGUCGCCCCUAAAUGGAUUGGGCGCCGCCUUAUUUGCAAACAAUCUCCUUAGUUUCCCUCUGCUCAGAAUUCUUCAUGUUCUACGGGACAUCGUCUUUUUUAACCAGACCUACAAGCAAAACCCAAAUGGUCUAUACCCUGAAGACCAUGAUUUCUUCCGUGUCAUCAAUUGUGAGAUUGAACACCAACUUCUCAGUUACAUAUACCCUGAGUCUGGGAAUGAAGCUCCUUCAUUCCCAGGGACUACUCUAGAUCCUCAUCCUAUUGAGGCAGCCACCAGAACUGCUUCCAUUUGCUAUCUCAACCAUUUUCUUAUUGUUUCACCCCCAUCAUCGGGGCUAGGUCGUGCUCUUACUGGACACCUCAAGAAAGCAGUAAGCAACUGCACCCUGUCUCUAUUAUCGCAACUACCCAAAGAGAAUUAUGACCUUCUUGCCUGGGUGUUUUUUAUCGGAGCCCAAGGUUCCAUCGGGCAGACCGAGCAUCCUUGGUUUGUUGAACGGCUUGCCCGUGUCGCCAUGAUCUGUGGAUGGCGAAGUUGGAAACAGGUAUCUGACAAAAUGACCGGAUAUAUAUAUGUUCCUAAUAUAAACGGGUCUGUUUGGAAAUCCAUCUGGAACGAGGCAAUGGCUGGUCUUGUUCCAGACGUGAUGUAAAAUAAGAGUAUUCUUUUUCUCAGAUGGGUAAUACGGUGAUUCUGUCACACACAGAGAGAAAAAAGAGGUUGGAUAAUAUAGGAGACACGAAGAAUGUCCAAGAUAUAUGUACGAUACAUGAAAUACAUACCUACAGUAAGAGGCACUGUUCUGGACUACUACAUAUGCUAUGAACAUGUUGAU